CGGUGAGGCCCUACCAGGGAGAGGCGGGGCCAAGGCCAGGGCCUGACCAAACCUGGAGACGGGUGGCUGAGGGGCUUCAUCUCAGCUGAGGAGCGAAGAGCCGUAGGUACCGGCGGAUCUCACAGCAGCUCGGGGUUUUUAGAACUUCAGCUAUAAAAAUGGGCAGGAUUUUCCUUGAUCAUAUCGGUGGUACCCGUCUGUUUUCCUGUGCAAACUGCGAUACGAUCCUGACCAACCGCUCAGAGCUCAUCUCCACUCGGUUCACAGGCGCCACUGGCAGAGCAUUUCUUUUUAACAAGGUAGUUAACCUGCAGUACAGUGAAGUUCAAGACCGGGUCAUGCUCACUGGCCGCCACAUGGUUCGAGAUGUGAGCUGCAAAAACUGCAAUAGCAAACUGGGAUGGAUCUAUGAGUUUGCCACUGAAGACAGCCAGCGUUAUAAGGAAGGCCGUGUGAUCCUGGAACGAGCUCUAGUUCGAGAAAGUGAGGGCUUUGAGGAGCAUGUACCGUCUGAUAACUCUUGAAGAAAAAAAGAUAAAUACAUCUUUUCCCAGGUCUCCUUCACUGAAAACAAAAAUCUCCUUACAUACACUGUCACCUUAGCAUCAGAGUCGGAUUCAUGAACUGCGGAACGAGGUUGUGAGAAUCUAUGAUGGAACCUUUCUUUCUUUCUUUCUUUUUUUUUUAAAUUUUCUAUUCUCCAUCCAACAGCAGUGUGUAGAGAGAUUAUUAUGCAGUUGCCGUUAAUUAUUUUUCCCCUAUGUUUACAUCUUGAGGCAGAAUAGUUUAUCUGCAGCGAUAUGGUGGGCUAUGUGAGGAAAAAAAUCUGGGCUAUUAGAAUGAAAAAGUGUUUUAUGUAAAUUUUGAAAGGAAAAUGUGUCAGGAGCAUGGUUUUUAAAUUUAUUUGGGCUUCAUUUUAAAACUUUUUUUUUUUAAAAACCCAAUUAUUUCACUUGAUUUGCUAGCUUCAGAGAAGAGAUCCGAAUUUGUGACCAGCGCUAAAGGUUCAGUGUUAGUAUGGCUUGUGCUGGCCAUUGUGCCAUAUUCUUGUUGGAGAUGAACCGUAGCAUCAGAGCCCAUUCUUCCUUGUCAGUCUUGACCCAAAGAUGUCACCAUUCCUAGUUAUUUGUCACCACAUAAUUGGUGUUGAUUGGAAACUUUUCCUGAUAUGGGGCAGAACUGCUUGGUUGUCUUUUCCAUGUAACUUAAGCAUAGUAAUAUAAAUAAAGUAAUAGUUGGAUGUUUUUGGUCCUGUGUUGCUUUUAAAAUCACCUUUUAAAAGAGCAGAAUAUUUGAUUAGUUAUUUGCAUAGUAGUUUUUCUUUUCAUCUCUUAAGCUAAGUUGACUUUGUAUGAGAUACUACUUUGUUUAAAGCAUACUGUUUAAAUCCACAGUAUUGCAUUUAGAAACCAGUUAACAAAAUGUCAGUGUGCAUUCAUGCAGAAAGCAUUUCAUCUGCAUCUGUUUUAAAGGGAGGGAAAUGAAGCAGCCUAUCUAAAAAUACUGCUUUGCAAAGCAUUUCAGCCUAUCCUUCUCAGUUUUGCAUUGAUUUUGACAAGUCUGUAGAGCCUAUUACAUCAAAAGCACUAGAUCUCCUAGCGUUAUUUUCUCAGAUCUUCCCUCAGAAGUUCAGCUGUUGAAAUCAAAACUGUACUUGGUCCCUUCAAGUGGAAUGGGAUCAAAUUUGACUCAGGGGGUUAUUUUAACCCAAAAUUUACAACAUUGUGAAGUAUUAAAAUAUAAAUGUUUCUUUAUCCAAACUAUUUCUAGAUAUUCUAGUAUUUGUUUUUGGUGGAAUAAAUGGCAUUAAAAUUGGCUAACUACCUAAUGAAUGGAUGUUUGCUCAACUUCUAGGCCUUUGUCUAGAGAUGAAAUUUGCCUCAAAUUAAUUAGGAAAGUCUUUCUGUCAUUUAUAUUAGAAGUGACUUCUGAGUACAGUUAGGAUUAAGUUUCUCUUAUUUGCCUUUGAGCCCUUGGUUAGAGGCAUAGGUCUCUGAUUUGGUAGGUGUAUAAUAUUGCAUUUGAGAUACAUGGACACAAAUUCUUCUCUUUCAUUCACCGUGGACUAAAUCUUCAUUAAGAAACAACAUUGAUUCCUAUUCAUUUCCAUCCUGCCCUUUGAUUAUAUGCAGAUUCCUAGUAGCAUGCCUUACUUAUAGCACUAUGUGCAUUUGCUGUCACAAUAAAGUAUAUUUUGUCUUGCA